CUGACAAUUACGAGGACACAGCUGAUCAUGAGCAAGCUGAACCUGCAGUAAUGACAGAUCUCGCCCUCUCAGUUGAGGAAGUGCAAGCAGUACUUGGAUCUCUUGACUGUACGAAAGCUACUGGACCCGAUGGCAUUUCCGCACGACUACUAAAAGAGAGAGCUUCCGUAAUUUCACCAUCUCUGUGUAAGCUGUACAACAAAUCAUUAGAGCAGGGUAUCUUUCCCCAGGACUGGAAAUUAGCGAACAUUGUUCCAAUAUAUAAGAAAGGCCAAAGAGAACACACUGAAAAUUAUCGGCCAAUCUCACUGCUACCAAUCCUUUCGAAAGUUUUAGAACGCUGCGUUUUCUUUAACAUCAAAGAUCAUCUGUUCCAGCUGAUCCAGAAACUGCAACAUGGAUUUAUUCCUGGUAAAUCAUGCGUUGCUAACCUCUUGGAAGUCCUGGAUUACAUCGGCUCGGAAUUAGAUAAUGGCGGUCAAGUAGAUGCUAUUUACUUGGACCUGUCAAAGGCUUUUGACAAAGUCAGUCGACUACUCGAAGCUUAA